AUGAGCCGCGUCCGGCUCUCCGUCCCCCGGGAAUGGCCCGCAGCUCGGCCCGGCAACACGGGCACGGUGAAGACCUUGGGGAACACCUAUCAGUUCACGGUGGACGUCAGCGACUUCGCCCCCGAGGACAUCAUCGUCACCACCUCCAACAACCAGAUCGAGGUGCACGCCGAGAAGCUGGCGGCGGACGGCACCGUCAUGAACACCUUCACCCACAAAUGCCAGCUGCCCGAAGAUGUGGACCCCACGUCGGUGUCGUCCUCGCGGGGGGACGCCGGCACCUUGACCGUCCGGGCUCAGCGACAGCCCGCCAAGCACGCCGACCACGUCCAGCAAACCUUCCGGACUGAGAUCAAGAUCUGAGGGGUCGGGGGGUCCCUCUCCCCGCCCGCCCCCCUCGUUAAUUAUUUGGGUAAUUUGGGAAGGAGGUGGGACGUGGGGUAGGGGACGGGAACGCUCCCCCGCGGGGUCACCGAGGGGCCGGGGUGGUGAGACACAUCCCGUCGCCCACCAGAGAAAUUCCGGAGGGGAGUCCCGGCUCUGGCAGUUUUUAGCCGGCGAGGGUUGAUGGGGAAGAUCCGGCGUUCCGAGAGCCCCGCCGGGAGCGAGGAGCAAGGUUCCCUUCCCCGACCCUCCGCCGGAGCUUGUCUCUGUAUAUACAGCUUGUGAUAAAUUAUUGAGAACGCC